GGAAUGCUUCUCCCGACGCUGGUAACGUGCCUCGCCGGAUGCGCGUUUCUCCUCUCGCCGGUCAGCGAGGGCUGUGGACCGGGUAGAGGCUAUGGCAAGAGGCGGUCACCGCGGAAGCUCGUGCCGCUCGCCUACAAACAGUUCAGCCCCAACGUGGCCGAGAAGACUUUAGGGGCCAGCGGGAGAUACGAAGGGAAAAUAACCCGGAACUCUGAGCGCUUCAAGGAGCUCACCCCGAACUACAACCCCGACAUCAUCUUCAAGGAUGAGGAGAACACAGGUGCAGACCGCAUGAUGACUCAGCGUUGCAAAGACAAGCUGAACUCUCUGGCCAUAUCGGUGAUGAACCUGUGGCCCGGGGUCCGGUUGCGGGUCACUGAGGGCUGGGACGAGGACGGCCACCACUCAGAGGAGUCGCUGCACUACGAGGGACGGGCGGUGGACAUCACCACCUCGGACCGGGACAGGAAUAAGUACGCCAUGCUGGCACGACUGGCAGUGGAGGCCGGGUUCGACUGGGUCUACUAUGAGUCCAAAGCCCACAUCCACUGCAGCGUGAAGUCAGACCACUCUGUGGCAGCCAAGUCUGGAGGUUGUUUCCCCGGCGAGGCUUUGGUCACGCUGGAGAGCGGCGGUCAGAAGUCCAUCAGUGACCUGCUGCCCGGUGAACAAGUCCUGGCCUCUUCGGGCAGCGGUCAGCUGGUUUACAGCGAAGUCUUGACUUUCCUGGACCGUGACCCCAUGACCUGGAAACUCUUCUAUACCCUGCAGACAGAAUCCGGGGCACAACUCUCUCUCACCGCCGCCCACCUGGUAUUUGUGUCCCAGGGGAACUGCUCAGAGGGGGCGGUGCCGGCCAGUGGCGCUCUCAGGACUGUGUACGCCAGCGAUGCUCGGCCGGGACAGUGUGUGCUGGUGUCAGAGGGUAACCCAGCACAGAGGCACGGAGAGGGACGUCUGUCCCGCAUCACGCGUGUCAGACUGAGGGAGAGGAGGGGCGUGUUCGCACCGCUGACCCAGCAGGGGACAGUGGUGGUGGACGGGGUGGUGGCAUCCUGCUAUGCCGUGGUGGACCAGCACUCCCUGGCCCACUGGGCCUUCUCCCCGCUGAGGCUGAUAUACAGCUGGACUGGCACCACUGGUUGCCAUGGUGAUGGGAUCCACUGGUACUCUCAGCUUUUACACUGGCUGGGGAGGAUGCUGCUGGACUCAGGACGCCUCCACCCGCUGGGCGUGGCCAAGGACGACAGGUGAGGGAAGGAAAACAAACAGAACCUGAACCCGUCGCCUUGUAACGGGCACGGACCCCAAACACAAGCCUGAGCUGGGCAGGACCAUUAUGAAGCACCUGACAGGAUGUGAGACGUUUGGGUUCCUGCUGAGGCCUGAUGGGAAUUUUUCUACUGGGGAAAAAAGAGGAAAGAAGAAACUGUGAACCGACACAGAUGGAUUCUCCCAAAAUAAACAAAGGCAGCGAAUAUAUAAGAGCACUGCGAGUCCGAGCGACCCACAAACGUUUCUACGACAACUUUGUGUCCUGAAACACUAUGAAACAGUGAUUUCACCUCAGAAAACUCAGCGGUUUGGUACAGGAGCCUGAGGUCCUCUCAUUUAUCCAUUAAUCUGAUAUGUUGUUCACAAGUUCUUUACCUUUGAAGGGGCGGGUGACUUUCUCAGGGAUUUUGGUUUAUGUAGCUCUCAGGUGUUUUCAGGUGUUGUUUG